AUGCUGACACUCUUCAUGGUGGUCUCUGGUGGUGUCAACUGGGAGGACAUCAUCCGUCCGCUGCGCCCCGUCUCGGCCUUUGCCGUGGCCUGUUUGAUCUUGUACAUCGUCAUCUCGGUCUUCACCAUCUUAAAUGUCGUCACGGGAGUCUUCUGCAACACAGCCAUUGAAAGUGCGCACGCUGACCGCGACAUUGCCAUCAUGAAGCAGCUUCUCAAGCAGAAAAAACAGGUGGCGUCCUUGCGCGAGGUCUUCAAGGAGAUCGAUACCGAUCAAACCGACUCGGUGAACAUUUUGGACCUCAAGGCUGCCAUGGAAGGGCGCAAGUUAGCGUCCUUCAUGGAGUCCUUAGGCAUCUCCACCGAGGAUGUUUGGACGCUCUUCAUGAUCAUCGAUCAAGAUGAAAGUGGGGAGAUUACGUUGGAUGAGUUCGUCUCGGGGUGCAUGCAGCUGCACGGCCCGGCGAAGAGCUUGCAAAUGGCCAAGAUGAGCUACGAGAACAAGGUGACCCGGCAAGAGAUCAAGCGCCUCAACGCUUGCGUGACUGUGAUUAUGAAGUACUUUGAUUUGGAGCUGGAUUGCCGUGGCUCCUCGCGGAGCACCAAAGACCUCUCGUGA